AUGCCUAAGGGCCUAUCAGGCACUGUCAUGUUGAGAGAGAGAUGUUGGAUUCGCCUCGGACCUAAGGCACAGGAUAGGCCUGACCAGUGGAGAACUUACACCUCCUUCGGCGACGAUGGCGUCACAGGAAGCGCUCACCCCCACGGAAACCUGAUGCAAAUAAGCCGGUACUUUGGGGAAGACUCUAAAGAGCCUUCGGGCUUUUUCUGCGCCGAGUGUUAUGAGGAUGCUCCCGCUAACCCCUAUGACGCACCGGAGAGGCUUAGAGCCAUGAGCUCGGUAGCCGAGCGGGCUGAUACAGGGUCCUUCCUCAAAUUCCAAGUCGGCGAUGUUCAAGAAGGUCCUGUCAAGAUGCCAAAGGUGACGUUCGUCAGUCAUCGUUGGCCAACCUUCGAGCAUCGGACCUUCAAUUUCCCUCUAAGCAUCCAGUAUGUGGUUAUAUAA